AUGGCGAGUCUCAAGAGAUCGGUCGAUUCGGACCCGUUCGCAGCCAACAUCUCGAGCAAAGUGUAUGUGAGAUCGACAAAGAGCGGCAAAGUUCAGAAGAUUGUUCGCGAGGUGUACCUCCGCCAAGACAUACCCUGCUCGUCGAAACUCUGCACAAGUUGUCUCGAUACCGCCCCAAGAGAUGCUGCAGGCCGACCAACCCCGUUUGUCCUCUCCGAGGCACCCGCCGGCACCAAUGUCUUCCGACAGGGCCACUACUUGGUACCAGAUACCAAUGCCUUCCUCACGGCCAUGGAUCUCUUCGAGCAGAGCUCGGCCUUCUACGAUGUAAUCGUGCUGCAGAUUGUUCUCGAGGAGCUCCGCAACCGCUCUCUACCGCUCUACAACCGUCUUAUCAGCCUAACCAAGAGUGAAGAGAAGCGUUUCUAUGUGUUCUUCAAUGAAUUCCGUCUGGAGACUCACGUCGCCCGCCUGGAGGGCGAGUCUGUCAACGACCGCAACGACCGUGCGGUCCGGAAGGCCGUGGCAUGGUAUGGCCAGCACUUGGCCCGGACAAAGGCAAAGCAAGUGCCCGCGGUGGUUAUGCUGAGUAACGAUCGGGAUAACCUCCGCAAGGCCAAGCAAGAAAAUAUCCCUGCGUGCUCACUCGCCGAGUAUGUCAAGCAACUCAAGGACGCCGACACGCUGCUGGACAUGAUUCCGGAGGAUCAGGACCAGGAGAUGAUCAAGGAGAAGCGCCCUGGCGAGCCUUUCUACCCGGAGUACUUUACCAUGUCUAAGAUGAUGACUGGUGUCAAGGCCGGCCUGCUUCACCAGGGCAUCUUUAACGUUUCGCCAUACAACUACCUCGAAGGCUCCAUCCGGGUUCCAGCAUUCCCCAAACCGUUGGUCAUUCUGGGGAGGGAAAAUAUCAACCGUGCCAUCGAUGGCGACGUAGUUGUUGUGGAGGUGUUGCCCAGGGACCAGUGGAAAGAGCCUUCCACUCAGGUGAUCGAAGAGGACGCCAUCACCAAAAACGAGAACGCGGAUGCCGAGGAGGCAGGGGACAUUGUCUCGGAAAAGGAGCGCAAAGCCCUGCAGGAGGAGGUGAAGCGGACACACAGCAAGACGACCGAAGGGCACGCUCAGCCCACUGCGAAGGUAGUCGGCGUGGUGAAGCGGAAUUGGCGCCAAUAUGUUGGCCAUAUCGAUCAGUCAUCCGUUAGCCAGUCGGCGCAACAAGGGCGGAAGCAGGAUACCGUUUUUGUUAUUCCCAUGGACAAGAAGAUCCCGAGGAUCCGUCUACGCACGCGUCAAGUGGCCGAGCUGGUGGGCAAACGCAUUCUUAUCACCAUCGAUGCAUGGGACCGCGGCUCCCGGCAUCCUACGGGCCAUUUCGUUCGGUCGCUCGGCGAGCUGGAAACCAAGGCGGCCGAGACAGAAGCGCUGCUUCUGGAGUAUGACGUACAGUACCGACCGUUCCCCAAGACGGUCCUUGAUUGUUUGCCGAAGGAGGGCCACGACUGGAAGGUGCCUGAGAGCAUGGAGGAUCCAGGGUGGAAAGAUAGGGAGGAUCUCCGAGGUCUCCUCAUCUGCAGUAUUGACCCUGUCGGCUGCCAGGAUAUUGAUGAUGCCCUCCAUUCUAGGCCACUCCCUAACGGGAAUACCGAGGUCGGGGUCCAUAUUGCCGAUGUCUCGCAUUUCGUCAAGCCGAACAACGCCAUGGAUGCCGAGGCAAGCAUCCGCGGUACCACCGUGUACAUGGUGGACAAGCGUAUCGACAUGCUUCCGAUGCUUUUGGGUACGGAUCUGUGCUCCUUGAAGCCCUACGUGGAGCGCUACGCCUUCUCCGUCCUCUGGGAGCUAUCACCCGACGCCGAUAUUGUCAACGUGAGGUUCACCAAGUCGGUCAUCAAGUCUCGCGAGGCAUUCAGCUACGAACAGGCGCAGCUCAGGGUCGACGACAGCUCGCAGAAUGACGAGCUCACCACGAGCAUCCGAACCCUGCUCGCGCUGUCCAAGAAGUUGAAACAAAAACGCCUGGACGCCGGCGCGCUAAGCCUGUCGUCGCCCGAGGUCAAGGUGCAGAUGGAGUCGGAGACCUCGGACCCAAUCGACGUGAAGACCAAGGUGCUCCUCGACACCAUGUCCCUGGUCGAAGAGUUCAUGCUUCUCGCCAACGUCAGCGUGGCCCGCAAGAUCCACGAAGCCUUCCCGCAGACGGCCAUCCUCCGCCGCCACGGCGCACCCCCCAAAACCAACUUCGACGAGCUCGCCAACCAGCUCCGCGCCAAGCGCGGCAUGGACUUGAGCGUCGAGUCAUCCCGCGCCCUCGCCGACAGCCUCGACGCAUGCGUGGACCCCAAGGAACCCUUCUUCAACACGCUCAUCCGCAUCAUGGCGACGCGCUGCAUGAUGGCGGCCGAGUACUUCUGCUCGGGCACGCAAGCCUACCCCGAGUUCCGCCACUACGGCCUGGCUAGCGAGAUCUACACGCACUUCACGUCCCCCAUCCGGCGGUACGCGGACCUGAUGGCGCACCGCCAACUGGCCGCCGCCAUCGGGUACGAGGCGAUCCACCCGACGACGCGCAGCCGCGGGCGGCUCGAGGCCGUGUGCAAGAACAUCAACGUGCGGCACCGCAACGCGCAGCUGGCCGGGCGCGCCAGCAUCGCCUACUACGUCGGGCAGGCCCUGCGCGGCAAGGCCACCACCGAGGAGGACGGCUUCGUGCUCAAGAUCUUCAGCAACGGCCUCGUCGUGCUCGUGCCCCGCUUCGGCAUCGAGGGCCUCAUCCGCCUGCGCGACCUCGCCGACCCGGAGCCGGCCGCCGAGUUCGACGCCGACUCGUACACCCUGCGCACGUCGGGCAGUCGGGAGCUGGAGGUCGAGUUGUUCCAGAAGGUGCGCGUGCGUGUGGCGGAUCAGAAGGAUGAGGCGACGGGUAAGCGGGGGGUCAAGAUGGAGUUGGUGAGCGUUUAUUGA